AAAAUAGAUAAACCAUAGCAAACGACUUUUGAUAACCAGUCAAAUUUUAGCCACUUUCCCAAAAAACGGAGUAAAAUAAAAUAAAAAGAAAAUUCAUUCGCCGCUCAAACACUUGAGGGAGCAAGGGGGACGAUGCUCCAGUGUAUUGCGUCGGUACGAUGGAUUCAUGUUCCUCCUCAUCUCACCGUUCGUUUGGUUCCACCUAAAUCCCAAUCUAACAUCAUCCUCGCACUCGCACCACCAACCCCUUCGUCCUCUUAUUCGGCAUCGUCAUCGUCAUCGUCAUCCACAACAACAAGAAGAGCUUUGUCUGUUUCCUUAACCUCUGCCGCAUGUUGUUGUACAUUAAUCUUGUCACUUCCUCCUCCUUCUUUUUCUUCUAAGUCUGCCAUAUCCGAUUUCUUCGAGCUUCCAAAUUCAGGCGGCGUUAAGGCUUUGGACCUUCACGUAGGUUCUGGACAAGUUCCCUCAGAUGGCGACAAGGUGGCAGUUCAUUACCAUGGGAGGUUGGCAGCAAAACAAGGAUGGCGUUUCGAUUCAACUUAUGAUCACAAAGAUGAAAAUGGGGAACCCAUUCCCUUCGUGUUCGUCGUUGGGUCUGGGAAAGUAAUUUCUGGGAUUGAAGCAGCUGUGAAAUCAAUGAAAUUAGGUGGUAUUCGUAGAGUCAUUAUUCCACCAUCACAAGGAUAUCAGAGCACUACACAGGAACCCAUACCUCCUAACUUUUUCGACAGGCAGAGACUGUUUACAACCAUUUUCAAUCCAACUCGUCUUGCCAAUGGAGAAAGUUCAACUUUGGGGACUCUCAUAUUCGAUAUUGAGUUGAUUAGUGUAAGGCAUGAAUGAAGAUCUUGUGAUCCCAAAGACUACCACCUGUAUCAAAAAGUAAGCUGAAUACAACGAUGUAUUCCAUCUUGAGGAAUCAUCUCUCGUAGUUCACCUCUGUUUCAAAUACAGACAUUGUUUAAAAGUAUUUGACAGUAUAGAUGAUCUUGAAAUGAAAUUUUUUGCAGAAGGCCACCCGCAAAAUGAUUGAAUAUUGGCAUAUGCAGACUUUUAGCUUAACCUCAUAAUCUAUAUAUUUGUGUUUAUUUAAAUACUUUAUUUGUUUAUUUUCUCCGCAGACAAAAUAGUUAUUGUUUGUUAUUCUCUAACGUUCUUGAAAGGAAAAUAAGAGAAGCUAUUGAGAAAGUUAUUGUUAAGCUGGUGACA